GUGAUAACACAAAGUGGUGUGCGUGCGGUGUCGUGUUUUGUUUUCGUUCCGCCAAUUUCUCUUCAAAUCACUUGUAAUCCUCCACUUCUCACCUAGGAAAUCUGACAAAAAUUUCACUGAACAUGGGGUUGCUGUCGUUGCUGAGGAAGCUACGGUCCGCUCCGGAGAAAGAGCUUAGGAUUCUACUGCUCGGGUUGGACAAUGCUGGCAAAACUACGCUUCUGAAACAGUUGGCUUCCGAGGAGGUUACACAGGUAACUCCAACUGCGGGCUUCAAUAUAAAAUCCGUAGUCUCCGAUGGUUUCAAACUCAACGUAUGGGACAUAGGCGGCCAGAGCAAAAUUCGACCCUAUUGGAAAAACUAUUUCGAAAACACCGAUGUACUGAUCUAUGUAAUCGACUCGAGCGAUCGGAAACGCCUGGAGGAAACCGGCGACGAACUGGCCGAACUGCUCCUGGAUGACAAACUGCGGCAGGUACCGCUGCUGGUAUUCGCCAAUAAGCAGGAUAUUGCCGGAUCCCUUAAAGCUUCGGAGAUAGCCGAAUGUCUGAAGCUGGUCAAGUUGAAGGACCGCACCUGGCAGAUCCAGGGCUGUUCCGCCCUGGAGGGUACCGGGAUAAAGGAUGGAAUGGACUGGGUUUGCAAGAGCAUCAAGAAGUAAUUCUGUGCAAUAUGCAUUAGGUUAAAUCUUCUUCAUUUUUCUCCUUCUGUGGCCUUGCGCGUCUUUUACUAAUCGUAUUAAUUGUCUAUAUUAUGUGUCAUCGCGAUUGCAUGCUUUGCACGUAGGAGUCCAAAACUCCAAAUUGGAUUGCUUUUAGGAAAAAUGUCUUAUCACAAACGUGCAAUAUGCUGAAUUACCCCGAAAAAAAAACAAGUAAACACACGAUGUUCAUUUAUGGAAGCUUGUUUUACGUUUGUCUAGCUUUGUUUUCAGUUAAUUUUAUCCGAAGU